CUCGCCUAAAUGAAGCAUGAAGAAACAAAAUGUGCGCACGAUAUCCCUGAUCGUGUGUACAUUUACAUAUUUACUCGUGGGUGCCGCCGUCUUUGAUGCCCUCGAAUCGGAGACGGAGAAACGGCGUUGGGAGGCUCUGCAAGCUGUCGAGGACAUGAUAAUACGCAAAUAUAAUAUAUCACAGGAAGAUUUUAAAGUCAUGGAGACGGUGGUUCUCAAAUCGGAGCCACACAAGGCCGGCCAGCAAUGGAAGUUCACUGGCGCAUUUUAUUAUGCAACUACAGUGCUAACCACAAUUGGCUAUGGACACUCAACGCCAACUACGCGUGGAGGGAAACUGUUUACAAUGUGUUAUGCCAUUGUUGGUAUUCCCUUGGGCCUCGUCAUGUUUCAGAGCAUCGGAGAAAGAGUGAAUAGACUGAGCAGUUUUGUUAUCAAAGCGGUGCGAUCAUCGCUGCGCUGCAAACGAACCGUUGCAUCCGAGGUGGACCUUAUAUGCGUUGUCACGACGCUCAGUUCACUGACGAUCGCAGGCGGUGCUGCGGCCUUUUCAAGAUUUGAGGGCUGGAGCUACUUUGAUUCAGUAUAUUACUGUUUUAUUACUUUAACCACAAUAGGCUUUGGCGAUAUGGUAGCCUUACAGAAAGAUAAUGCACUAAAUAGGAAACCCGAAUAUGUUAUGUUCGCACUGAUAUUCAUACUAUUCGGAUUGGCAAUUGUUGCCGCCUCACUGAACUUGUUAGUACUUAGGUUUGUUACAAUGAAUACCGAGGAUGAGAGACGUGAUGAGGCCCAGGCCAUGCAGGCACUACAAGUGGCUGUAAAACUGGAGGGCGAUGUGAUAACAUCAAAUGGUUCCAUAUUGAGUGGCUACGAGGGACACGAUGGCCAAUCUCUCAACGGCACAAAUACAUCAUCAAUGUGCUCCUGUCGCUGUAUCUGUCUCAAUGGAAACCGGCAUAAAAAACACAAGAAUGCGAGCAGUGACCGUGUUGCAGAACACCAAUUCAAGAUGCGCAGAUCUCCGACGCACAUACGACACCUGCUGCCGGAGGUGGUGCCCAUGCAGGAUCUGAACUACGAUACGCAGAGUAUGCACACCAUUGGGGCGCUCAAUGGAAGUGGCAUCAUGAGUGGCAGUCAUAUGGGAAUGGGAGUGGGAAUGGGCAUUGGCCUGGAUGUGGUGGAUGAUACCGCAAAUCGAUCACCGAUCGUCAAACCACAAACACAUCCACAUAAAUUGCUGAAACGCAAUGUUUCACUUUUAUCAUUUCGUAUUUAAGCAGCCACUGUGGAAGGAACAACGACUCUUGUGGUAGAUGCCACGCCCCCCAUCCCCUGAUCUACCCCCUCCACAAAUACAUAAAAAAAAGGACUUGCAAAUUAAA